CUCAUCACUCUUCACUUGGGUGUCUUCUCAGUUAAGUCGAAGACGAAUAAUCCAUCCUAGAAUUAUUUGUUCCCACAUUUAUACGUUCUUCCAUUUUUAUCCCAUUUUCUAGAGUAAGCAUUCAACAGUAGUGCUCCAUCCAGUUACUCUAUAACUUCCUAGACUUAAUCUGUACAAGAAGUUAAUGGCGUCUAGCUCGAUGUCUUCCCGUGCCUCAGGCACUUGGACUGUCCAGGAGAACAAGGAGUUCGAGAAAGCUCUGGCCGUUUAUGAUACUGACACACCCGACCGUUGGGCCAAAGUUGCAAGGGCUGUCGGAGGGAAAACCCCAGAAGAGGUGAAGAGGCGUUAUGAAAUUCUUGUGGAAGAUGUCACAUACAUUGAGAGUGGCCAAGUGCCCUUCCCCUACCGCAGAACCUCUCUGGCCGCCUGUAACAGGGGAGGAUGAAGAAUCUAACGUUCCACUGAUGUGUCAUUACACUUGUAAUGAUCAACUUUACUACUGUUGUCGUAUUAUAUUCUGGAAGCUCUUAGCUAGCAACAUGAAUAAAAAUGCAAUGUUUACCCAAAACUAGGUGAAAAUAUGUAGUAGAAAUUUUCAAAUCAUAGCAAAUCUUGUCUCUAUUUUUAAGCAUUUGUAUGACGAUCAUAAUGAUCAAUGGAGGAAGCCAGUA